CGUGCUAAUAAAUGACAAGACCUCACGUCAGAUGAAGCUCGACAAUUUUACCAAUUGUAUGCAUGCUCGUGCCUAAAUACAUCGUCCGACUAAAUCAGGAUAUACAGAGCCAUGUGUAUAUUCGUCGGGAGCACUGUGUUCUUCAUGAAUAAAAUCUCGUAUUAUUUUCUUCAAGAACAAACGUAAAACAGAGACCAGUCUCGGCUCAGCCUCGCCUCGUGAACCAUUGGCAUUUCAACGAAAGUACCGGUACUUCGCCAUUCACUAUCCUCAAAAGCCGGUUCACUCGUGUCGUGACAUAAAACGUUAGACGAUCUUUUCUGCUUUUUUUGAGCAUCGUACUCCUUCAUCAAUCUAUUUUGAACUGGAAAACUGAAACCACAAAAUGGCUUCGUGGUUGAGUGAUCCCCUGGCAGCUUUGGAGAGCACGUUUGACGGUUCUUGGAUCGACUGGUCACUGUCUUCGUGGUAUAUCACUUUCAUUUUCUCCGCCAUUUAUAUCAUGCUGAUCUACCCCCUACGAAAAUGGAUGGAACCACGAGAGCCGAAGAAACUCCGUGGACCGCUGGUCGCUUGGAAUGUAAUUAUAGGGAUGUUCAGCAUUAUCGGGACGGCGAGGGUUCUCCCAGACUUUCUCAAGAACCUUCGCAAUGAUGGAUUUUAUGCUAGUUUUUGCGAGAGCAAUUACUUCUUGAAAGACCAUGUAGGCAUUUGGGGAUUCCUGUUCAUAUUAUCGAAGAUCCCCGAGCUAAUUGAUACCCUAUUUAUCAUCCUACGCAAGCAGAAAUUGAUAUUUCUCCACUGGUAUCACCACGCUAGCACCCUCAUUUUCGCCUGGCGAAUGUACGCCACACGCAGUUCAGUCGCCUAUUGGUUUUGCACUAUGAACUAUUUCGUCCACAGCCUCAUGUACAGCUACUACGCGAUUCGCGCUGCGGGUUUUCGAGUGAACAGAAAAAUUGCAAUGGUUAUAACUUCGCUACAACUUCUGCAAAUGUUCGUAGGAAUUUAUGCUGUGUUGUACGCAGUGCACCAAAUAGCCAACGGCCACCGCUGCGAUACGAAAAUUCCAGAGCUAAUAUUUGGAGUCGUCAUUUACACAAGUUACAUGAUACUUUUCUCCAAGUUUUUCUACGAUGCAUACAUCGGGUCACGGCGUGUACGGCCAUCGCGCGAUAGCGUAGCAGACGGCAAAAAGGUCGCCGAGGUCAAUGCCAAUGGAUCGAACCAUGACGUCAUGAAUGGAAAGGGGGAUCACCUAAUUUCAAAUGGCAAUGGACACAUGCGACUUAGAAGUACACAGACCCAACAAUAAUGAAACUGAGU